CGUCCGAGAACGCUCCAUCGAUCCUUGCCCUAUAAAUGCAUGCCCAGUGCCUCGUUUAGACUUGCACCGCUUGAGCAGUCCCGGGGGAGUAUCCUGUUCAAGCAGCCUGCGCGUAUUUCCUUGUUCACGUCUCUUUGCUGCUUCUUCCUCGCAAGCUACAAGGAUGGAGACUUUUCUAUUCACCUCCGAAUCAGUGAACGAGGGACACCCAGAUAAACUCUGUGACCAGAUCUCCGAUGCUGUGCUUGAUGCCUGCCUGGAACAGGACCCAGAUAGCAAAGUCGCCUGUGAAACUUGCACCAAGACCAACAUGGUUAUGGUCUUUGGAGAGAUCACAACCAAAGCCAAUGUAGACUACGAGAAAAUUGUUCGUGACACCUGCAGGAACAUUGGGUUUGUUUCGGAUGAUGUUGGUCUUGAUGCUGACAACUGCAAGGUUCUCGUCAACAUUGAGCAGCAGAGUCCUGACAUCGCUCAGGGUGUGCACGGCCAUCUGUCCAAAAGACCCGAGGAAAUUGGUGCCGGAGACCAGGGUCACAUGUUCGGCUAUGCUACUGAUGAGACUCCUGAAUUAAUGCCCUUGAGCCAUGUUCUUGCAACCAAGCUCGGUGCUCGUCUAACUGAGGUGCGCAAGAAUGGAACAUGCCCCUGGUUGAGGCCUGAUGGCAAGACCCAAGUCACUGUCGAGUAUUACAAUGACAAGGGUGCCAUGGUUCCCAUUCGUGUUCACACUGUUCUCAUCUCUACCCAGCACGAUGAGACGGUGACUAACGAUGAAAUAGCAGCUGAUCUCAAAGAGCAUGUCAUCAAGCCUGUGAUUCCUGAGAAAUACCUCGAUGAGAAGACAAUCUUCCACCUCAACCCUUCUGGUCGUUUUGUGAUCGGUGGACCUCAUGGUGAUGCUGGUCUCACUGGGCGUAAGAUCAUCAUUGACACUUACGGUGGAUGGGGUGCCCACGGUGGUGGUGCCUUCUCCGGGAAGGACCCAACUAAGGUUGACAGAAGUGGAGCUUACAUUGUGAGGCAGGCCGCAAAGAGCAUUGUGGCCGACGGGCUUGCGAGGAGGUGCAUUGUGCAAGUGUCGUACGCCAUUGGUGUGCCCGAACCUUUGUCUGUGUUUGUGGACACAUACGGUACUGGAAAAAUUCCUGACAAGGAGAUCCUUAAGAUUGUGAAGGAGAACUUCGAUUUCAGGCCAGGCAUGAUCUCUAUCAACCUUGAUCUCAAGAGGGGUGGCAAUGGCAGAUUCUUGAAGACCGCUGCCUAUGGACAUUUCGGCAGAGAUGACCCCGACUUCACAUGGGAGGUGGUCAAGCCCCUUAAAUGGGACAAGGCUGCGGAUUGAAUUAUUUCAUUUCCUUGCCUCCAAUCUCCAUGGUGUUUGAUUUAAUUUUCCACCUUCCCUGUCCCUUCCCUUUUUCGGAUUUUUUCUCCCUCGGAUUUAUUGUUCUGUGUUCGUUCACGACGUUUUUUUUUUUUUUUUUUACCCCCAGUCAUUAACCAUAAGCUCAAUAUAUGUAAUAAUCAUCUCAAGUUGAAGGAUGUAUUCAAUUUUAUAUGAUUUUUUUCUUUGAAUGUUGUUA